AGCAACAUUCCUCUCCAAGCUAGUUGUCUCAGCAUGAGCUGGGCGUCACUUUUUUUCCCAGCAUGUUCCAACUGGAGAGUGGGAUUGAUGGUACUUUAGCAAGUAAAGGGAGCAUGACAGAGAGAGUACAGCAACAGGAUACAAGUCCACAGACCCAGAAAGAUCUGUUCAGAGAAAUAUGACUGAGAGACGGUGGUGUGUGAGCAAACAGAUACACAGGAUAAGUCUGCUCAUCCCUAAUAGCCAUGAGGUUCGUCCACUCUGUUUGCUGAGCAGCAAUGCAUUAAACCUACAUUUCCUAUAGAGAGCUCUUAAAGUGACAGAGAGCUGCAGCUGGCAGGCCAUACAAUGCAGCAUCCUGCUGCAGAGCCCAAAGUGAAUGCCACCUUCUCUGCUAACAAAGACAUGUCAGAGAUGAAAAUGUGUGUCAAUAGUUUUGGAAACGAUACCCUUGUGAGUUCUCCAGCUUCACGCAUUUCAGGUUCAAUGUUCUUGGCUUUGGCAGCCUCUCUUGGUCUCCCUGGCAAUGCUUUUAUCAUCUGGAGUAUUUUGUGGAAAAUGAAAGGACGGGAAAAAUCUGUGACCUGCAUUCUAAUCCUCAACCUGGCAAUUGCUGAUGGGACCGUUCUUCUCCUUACCCCAUUCUUUAUUACCUUCUUGGUGCAGAAGAGCUGGAUUUUUGGUCGAGCUGUUUGCAAAGUGGCCUAUUAUCUUUGUUGCCUUAACAUGUACGCUAGCAUUUUUAUUAUAGCACUAAUGAGUAUGGACCGGUUCCUAGCCGUCUUUCGGCCAUACAUGGCGCAGUCUCUCCGUAAAAGGGAGGUUGUAACAAAAGUUUUGUUGGCCAUUUGGCUGUUGGCUGGUGCUUUGGCAAUCCCUGCUUUUGCCUAUCGAGAAGUAAUUGAAAAUAAAAAACUCAACUUUAGUAUUUGUGAACCUUGCCAUGCCAGCCCUGGAGACUCAAUAUUCCACUACACAUUUGAGACCUUGGUGGCAUUCCUGCUUCCUUUCCCCAUCGUAUGUGUCAGCUAUGUCUUAGUUUUGGGGAAACUAAAGUCAAGCCGAUUUGAACAGAGGUCACGGAUAGAAAAGUUGAUUGCAGCCAUAAUAGUGACUUUUGCUGUUCUUUGGCUCCCUUAUCAUGUGGUCAAUGUAAUACAAGUUGUUUCAAAUUUGACCACUGGAAAUUUAUCUCAGAAACUGAAAAAUGCCACUAAAGUGAGCCGAGCUGGAGUUACAGCCUUGGCUUUCUUCAGUGCCUGUGUUAACCCACUGCUGUAUGCAUUUGCAGCUUCAGACCUCUUCAAGAUCUUUGGGGUCGGCUUUGUGGCAAAACUUCUUGAGGGAACUGUGGCAGAAAUUCAGAAAAGAGUAAAGUCGCAACGAGAUCUAGUCAAGGGUCUUGUUAGGAUUGGAAGUCGGGGGGAGUCAGUCAAUAUGGAGGCAAAGAACGGGUUGAAAGAAGUAGCCUACAAUGGGGAACUAGAUGUUUUUGCACAAGCAUCUGACUCCUAACUAUGAAAGCACAUGGACUGAAGUGAAGUUAAGCAUGUUGACAACUAAAAACAAUUCAUUUGCAUAUCCAGAUUAGCAUGUACAUGUGUAGUCUCAAACAACCAUAAUGGUGAAUUUAUACUACAACAGAUAUGUAUCAACAGACAUUGCAUUUACUAUGUGGAGCUGAUGUUGGAGCUGAUGUUGCCAUGCAGAUAUUCCUACAAAACUAAGACAAUUGGACAAGUGGAAUUUAGACUUACAAAGUGAGCAAUGAAUGAAAGAGAUAUCAUUUAAACAUAUUCUUACAUACUUAGGUUUGCAUAAACAUAUUGUAAGGUAACAGUAAUGCGAUUUUCUCUGAUUAACUCUGUACUAAACCUACAUUAGACUAAUAUUUCAUAUUACUUGUUCCACUCAUGGUUUACUUUUCCUGCAUCUCAUUUGGAUUUUAUUCAUUAAACUGGGAAUUGUGGGGAACUGAGAAGAGAAUUUUAAGUCAAAAUGGACAAGCUGAUGUUUUUUUUCAAUUCACAUGGUUACUCUCUCUGGGAAUUCUUCAUUUUUAAUUAUCAGGAAUUCAAAGAAAAUAAAAAAAAAAAUAAGGUCAAAAUAACCAAUACUGGAAAAAUACUGUGGACUAUAUCUUUACGCUAAUUUGAUCUAAAUCUAUUCCCUUUCAGUUCAUUUGCAAUUUCCUUUGUCAGUUUCCCAUCAUUCUUCAGAUUAUUAUUUAUUUAAUUAUUUAUAUUUCUCCCGUUUCUUGAAUAAACCCCAUGGUUGAGAAAUGAGCGUUCCUUGGACCUGUGCAAUAUGUGUGAGAGAGAUUCUAUGUCUGUAUUAAAUAACUGGGAGUGCUGCUUGUUCAUUGUAGGGCGUGCAAAUGAAUUAACUUGAGAGUGAGACUGCAUGUAUAAACAGAGCUACGUAUACCUCUAAUGCCACAGUAAUGUUUGUCGAUCUUUAAGAAAAAUGCAUUAUUCAGUAAACGCACACAAGAGUGGUUUGACAUAAUGUACUUCCUCUCGUAGUAUCUGCCUCUACUUGCCUACUUUGCUUCUCUCUCUAGGCUAGUAACACGGAAAUGCACAAAUAUUGCCCAUAAAUCUUUGCCAGCAUUACCUACAUUUUUUUCUUUAACCAAUGAAGUACUAGACUGCACACUUUACUCCGUCACAUUGAGAGUAUAUGUGAUAACUAAAAGUAAUAAAGAAAAAAGGAAUACACAUUGCCUGCAUGAAUUGGUAGUUGUUUCAGAAAUGACUAGGAUAUGAUUAAGGUUGUUGUAAUAUCUUACUGACAAAUGUGUCAGACAUGUUGUAAUACGUAAGGGCGAACUGUACUUGAACCACUGUUUCUUAAGAGAUUACAAACAAACACAAAAAUAUGUUAAACCAAUUCC